GUUUGAUUUGUACGAGUGGCUUAUGACUCGCUUGCAAAUAUUUGAUGUCAAGGGUAAUUUAUACGCUACGAAAUCUUGUUAAAACAAUGGCGUCCUUGCUAUGUUUUGUGGGUUUGCUGCUCGUAGGGUUCGCGUCAGCCAAUCUAGAAGGUAAGUUGUUUACAAUUGACCCAAUAUUCAGACGUUUUAUUGUAAAACACCAAUUACGUAUUCGUUAGAGCAUUUUGAUAACAGUAAAUAAAGCAUGUUUCUUCCUUAUUUCCUUUAUUUUACUUUAAUGAAGAAGACACCUAACGCAAAACCACGACUGCAAAGAAUAAGGGAUUUGUAUAUCUUUUCUUUAGAAGUUUCAAAACGACCAAAGAGAGUUGGAAACGUUUUCACUUGCAGUAAUGUUUUGGUUACAGACAUUAUACAAUCUAAGAGAUAAGACCUGCUUUUAUGAGAAAAUUGAUUUCACCAGUUCGCGAAAUAGACGCUUCAUAUGUUAAGAACACAGAAACAGGUCAAAGCGAUUCUAGAUAUGUCACAGUUUAUCAACACCCACUACUUAGACCUUUUUGCUCCAGGAUUUAAUAUCCCAUUAAAUAAGUUAGGUCAUCAGUCACGUAAAGUUUCCAUAAGUUUUGCGGACUGUCAUGAUUAUUCUCAUAUAUUUUGAGUACUCCUUAUUAUUCUCUUCUAGAAUUUUAUUUCUGUGUAAUCUGAGUAAUUGAGCCGUCUAUUUAAAAUAAACGCACAGCAGCAGAGUGAUAUUCUUUAGUUUACCCGUAUGACUACUACUCAUUUUGCACUGUGAGGUGACUCUAAGUUCAAGGAAGAAACUUACGUGUUUAACCACCGGAUUAGUGAGUAACUUGGAGCGAUUAAGAGGUUACUUGAGAGGAAAUAUCCAUUAAGCGUCGAAAGUAAUUCUGCAUUGUUCCACGUUGCUCUCUAGUUUGCAUAGAUUACGUGCGAUAUCCCUUAACCUUUUAACUCCUACAAGUGAUUAGUAACUAUUUUCUCCUAUCAGUACGACCCCUAAAACAAUCACUGAGGUUAUGAGAAUAAAGGAAAUGAUUACCAACUUAAGAGGCUCUUGAUUGUUGAACAAAUUCUCUUCGUCAGUACUAUAGCAAAUGUAUCGAGAACAGUAGGGAGAAAAUAGAUACUACCGAUCAAAUUCAAAAUUAAUCGCAACUUGUCCACUCACAAUUAGCCAUUGUAAUCACUUUCGUCCUGAUUUAAAGACACUUAAAUUGAAAGCGCUUUAAGUGCUACUUAAGAAUCGUCACUCGUAGAUAACGCUCUUUUUUUACGCAAUUUGUUCACAAUUUGACUCUAAGGAGACGAUUCCUAUGCAUACCAUUAAUCCAGAAAAAUACUCACUUCUUUAAUUUCCUUGAAACGUUUGCAGGUCAUCGACAAAGAUUAACAAAACACCAUUCUUCACCUCACAAAAAUCAUCAUUCUGUCCAAAAUACACCCCUUGUCGAGCCAGGCGCUCAGAAAAAUAUAAUUGCGCACAAAACCCCACAGAAAACCACAUUACAGAAACCUCAAGUAAAGCAAUCCGUUCCACUGACUUCUGUAAAUAAACCAGCUGCGCAGAAUGAGGUUAAGGCAGUAGAUUCUAAAGCAGUUGAGGGGACCAGACAAGCAACUGGAAGAGCAAUUUUAUUACAUAAUGCUAAUGGUCAGGGACAUGUUGUCCAAGGUAAAACAGAUUACAAGAAAGCUAUAUUGUAUAUUUGACGGUAUGACACUCAAUCUUCCAGCAUUGAACUCUGAAAACUUAUUCACCCCAAAAAUUACAAAGCUGUGCUGUUUCCAGCCUCGUUGGAGAGUUUCAAAGAAAAACUUUGUAAUUCAAGGGGUAUACAGACUUGCAAAAUUUGUGAUUAUAUAAAAUGCGCACAUACACAGAUUCAUUCCCAUUAAUGGUUUAAAAAUAACCCCCCUCCUUAUCCCUUAUCCUCUAAACCCCUUAGUUGAAUCCCCCAGGGGUAAAUAGCCCCCAUUUUACCAUACAAUGUUAAAGUGAAGAAGAUUCAUCAUUCAAGAAAUUUACUCUCUACUGACCGUAAAGGCUUUGUUCUGAUACAACUUCAAACAUGCUAAAAUGUUGUAUAAAUCUUAUUUAACAGACUCACCCAGUGGGAAAGCUCAAGUGAUUGUUAUCAACUCAGAGGUUGCAGCUGACAAUGGUAUGAUGGCAGAUAACCAGAUAACCGUCCUAUCUGAAUUUUUCUAUACACGAUGCAUUACUGUUAUAUUUCAGGCCAAACCUAGAACGUUGAAUCAUUUUGAAUUUCUCAUAGCAAAGGUAGAAAACUUCUUUUCGUUUUAUAUACAAAGCACCAAUAAUUUAUCUGUAAGACACUUGAAAACAUCUUACAAUAGGCUAACUUAAAAAGAUAAACGAAAUACACGUGUGAUAAAAACCCUUCAAUCGCGACUGAAUCGAACAGCUCUGGAUGGGAUGUUAGUCCACAGUGCUUUUGCAGGUUUUACUGUAAAUACUUCAGGUCUAUGUUAUACUCCUGGGUGGAGUGGGAAGAAGCACUGUGAGAGUGAAGUGUCUUGAUCAUUAACACGCGCCCACGGGUAGAGCCGGUAGCUCUUCAUCCCCAGUCCAUCGCAAGCGCACUAGCCAUCAGCCCUCCAUCUUUGUGUGUCCAGUACGCGUUCAGCGCACUUACAAAUUUUUCCGUGGAUAUCGUGUCUUGUUUACAACGAAUAUAUCAGUUAUCUUACCCUGUUCCUACUAUAAAAUCAUCGACGCUGUAACUCGGUGUUUUUCAGCCAAAAAUUUGGCCAACAAUUCAAACAAGUAUAUUUCGAGUUGUCAACUGAUUUUUGAUAUACUUUGUCUUUCAUUUGGUAAAAGGUGGUAAACUCGAUCCAUUCUCCCAAGAUUGUCUCGAUGCACAUAACAACUAUCGAGCUAAACAUGGAGUCCCCCCUCUUAUGUGGUCACGUGAAUUGGCAGAUGGAGCGCAAAACUGGGCGGAUCAACUGGCGUCCACUGACUCUUUACAACACGAUGAAGUCGCCAUACACAACCGGAAGAUGGGUAAGUUUAUGAAAUGGUUAAGUUGCACAUAUUUAGUGGACUGAUACCGAAAGAGGCUCAUCCCGAUUUCUAAGGGGCGGAUCAGGGAAUUUUUUGAAACAGAGUCUUAUCCAAGAUCACUUCUCGACCAACUCACGUCCGCGCUCCCUUUCCCUAUUUUCACAGCGGUUACAGAAACAAAUUCAUUCAGUUGAGUAUUAUUUUGUAAGGAUAGUGUCAGAGAAUUAAUGGUCUGAUGAAAUAGUGGGAGGAGAAAAGAGGGGGGGCGGGUGCGUCCAGACCCCACGGAACCUCCCUCUAAUGUCUCGCUACAUGUGGUCCUUGUGGAUCGGGCGCCCAUGGAGCUCCUGAGCAACCGAAUAAGCGGAGUUUUCUAUUCUUAGGAGAGAACCUGGCUUAUUUUCAACCAGCCGUUCCGAAAUGCGAAGGUGCCAUGGUUGACAAUUGUGUCAACUGCCGAGAGAUGGUCCAACGGUGGUACGAUGAAGUUAAGAACUAUGAUUUUGAUAAAGGAGGACCUAAGGCAGCCAGCGGUGCUUACAAACACUUUAGUCAGUUGAUUUGGGCUAACACUGCUGAACUCGGAGUUGGAACCGCGGUCAGUAAACGGUAUGGCUUUAUAACAGUGGCACGGUACAGGCCGACGGGAAAUGAUGGCGGGAUUGAGGAGUUCAUAAGAAAUGUUCCUCCAGAAGGAGGUAAUAUGUAUUUAAAGUGUAAGAAUAUCUGAUCAUAAGUACAAAGAAUGCGGCGAAAAUUGUUAAAUUUGAUGAUUUGCUUUAUUUCUCGCGAAGGAUUCCUUUCACUAAAGAAAUUGAAAAAUUUUUCAUUGCGUCUUAGCAUCUCAGAAAAUUUGAAAAUGAUUUAUUCAUGUUUGGAAGGCUGCUGAAUAUCUCGCAAAAAUGAGAAAAAUCCUGCAGCUUUGGAAGUUUCGUAGAUGUUUUUCUAACAUAAACACUCUUGAAAAUACACGAUGGACAUAAUGGUGGUACCUAUCUGAGACCGUCUGAUUCUUAUCUCAAUAUAAAUAACUUUUAUGUGCAAGCCCAGCUUCACAGGGGCUUAAUAAGCCAGGGCAAUUAAGUCUUGUUUGCUAGCUUGCGUCUAUGGACAUAAAACGUCGUGUGGUGUUAUGGUGUCGUGAUCGUCAAAGGUGGGAGGAGAGGGUUAUUCACCUUUGAUUUGCCGUUUUGAAUGCUUUCACGGCACUAUCAGAAAGACGCUCCAAACUUCAUUCGUGUUACUUCUUUGUUUUCCGUGUGAUAACUUAUAUAUGCUGUGUUAUAAAUCUCAGGACCUCUACCGACAUUAUCCGCACCACUCCAAGACAAUACAAAACACGCGGGGGACGAAAAAAUCCCCUCUUCAUCGCAGAAAUCUCCAGUUGUUUCCCAAGCAACAACAAACUCAGUUGCUUCUCAAACAGCAAACAAAGAUUCACCCAAAGCCGACAAGGAGCAGGGCUACGCGCCAACCGUAACAAGCGGGGCUCCAAUUUUGGCUAAAGGAGCCAAACUUGGAGGUCAACUGGCGUCUGUUCAACCAAUAGACAAAGAGCAGCAUCACAAGGGUGGUUUUGUGCACACACUGACAGCCAAUGACGGAACGAAGGCUCAGGUUUACCUUAGCAGAAAUGGAGCCCAUGCGGGCAUAGUAUUCAGAAACGAAAUAUCCAGAGGUAAGCCAAAAAACAAUUAAUUCAGUUACAACUAUAAUCGAAUUUGAUAAGCUCAAUUUUGCAGUUAUUUUAAAUAAAAUUUUUCUCGCGUUGAGUAUAAGUAAUUUAGUCCCAAUUUGUGUAACUUAGAUCAGGAUGACUGAGAGCGUGUGUGCAAUUAUCUUCACAGUUGCAAUGAAUACAAGAAAGUGUUCAUGUUGGGGGGGAGGGGGAGUAGUAGUGCAGUUGUUCAGAUAGUUACAUUGAUCCGAAGUCCGAAUCCAAAUUGCAGACUCCGUGUUACAUUUCCCAGCAAGUUUGUGCAGGUAUUCAGGUCAAAAUUUUGCAAUAAGUGAGUGCACUUUUUCCAGUGGAACGUUUGAGUGUUCAUAUACUCAACAUUUCUGUUCGAUGAGGAGAGGCUGUAAUACAACGGCAAAAGGUGUGAAUUGAGCGCCAUGGUUGAAAAGACAGACCAGAAGUGAAUAAGGAAGCGAAGGAACUGGACCCGAAAAUCUAUCUGAGAGCCUGCGGCAACAGAGGGUUUCAUUUUCAUAAUACUUUAUCUUGAACUCAUACUUACCAUAAUAUAACUUUAUAUAUACAUAUUUUUUUUUGUUUUCCAUAGUGACUUCAGAUGAGGAUACGACAGGAGUGAAAAGGACGAUAAAUGUGCUGUAACAAUUUUGAAAUGUUUUCCAUCAUAAAACUAAUCAACAGGAGUCUGUCUAAAUACCGUAGAAUGACUGGACAGUAGUUUUCAAGGUCGUUUAAAGCUGAUAUUCAAAGCAGUCACUGCUGAUAAACGCAUCGCAUAAAAAGGAAUAGAUAAUGUUCUAAACCUCAGUAAAAUCACGAGAUCUGACGAUUCCCCUUGUAGAUUUUGUACAUUCACUUGUAAAUUUAUUAAUAGAAUAUGAAGUUACAUUGUGUUAUAUAUCCUUGGUAGUAUAGUUUGUUUAGAGUCGUAUGGGAAGGGUCGGGUAAUCUGCAGUUUUCAAACAAACAGAGUCGCACCUAUUGGCGCCGUGAAGGAUUGAGACAAUGCAAUGCCAUCACGAUAAUAACAUUUUAUUUAUUUUCGUUAUUAUACCAGUAUUAUUCAGAAUCUUAAAUUAUGAUUAACUUGAAUUUUAAGGACUCCAAAUACAGUAGCAUGGAUUAAUUAUUCUAUGAAGAAAAGUUAAGUGCAAGGCAGGAAGGCUUGUAUGGGUUUUAAGAGUCCAUAUGGGGAUUUAAAGUACACUGGUACCCAGAAUAUCACAGAAAGCAUAUGACGGUUUGAGUCAAAAGUUCACUCUGAAAAUGUGAUUAAAAUUUCAUUCAGUGCUGCUGCAACUGAAAAACGCUGAAGAAAAUGAUGAUGACCGAGAUAAAUGUGUUAAUUAAAAAAUGGUAGGAGUAAAUAAACCUGAUGAUAGUGGGCGAUAUCUUUCAAAAAAUAAUAAAAUUGAUUCACA